CGAUGGGAUCCAGGGGGGAGGCCUCGGCGAAGGGCGGAUCCUAUAGGGCCGCUCCGAAGGGGGCCGGGCUGAGAGGGGUUCCCGGAAGCGGGCGGCGCGUCUCGGCUGUCUGCUGCCCGCGGCUCCUCCGGGACCCACCCAAGGGGGUCCCCGGGCGGCGCGGAUGGAGGAGGCUCAGCGGCUGCUGCUGCAGCGGAGCCGCCUGCGCCUGGUGCGGGAGCUGCGGGUGGCUCCGCUCUGGGACCUGCUGCUGCACAAGGGCGUCUUCACCCAGGACAUGCUCGAGGAGAUCCAGAGAGCAGGCACUCGAAGAGACCAAGCCAGGCAGUUGGUUACAGACCUUCAGACGCGAGGAAGACACGCUUUUCCUGCAUUCGUCUCAAGCUUGCGAGAAACUGGACAGAACGACCUUGCCACUUUGCUGAGUGAAGGGGACAAAUUCCCACAGUUGCGUCCGGUUGAUCUAAAACCAGUUGAAAUUGGCUUACGUGGUGGAAAGGGUGAUACGUAUGGGAAGGCUCAUGAAUAUUUGCCUACCCCAGUCCAAGCCGUGACUGAGAGAUGCCAAGUGCCAACAUGUCCCAGUGCAGCAGCUCAGGGUUCUGCUGCAGAGAAAUCCAGGAGGAACUCAGAUAUGGUUUAUGUUCUGAAAGCUAACCCAUGUGGUUACUGCCUCAUCAUCAACAACGUUCGUUUCAUCGAAGAGUCUAAACUGUCUUCUCGAGAGGGCUCCAAUAUAGACUGUGAGAAACUGGAGAAGCGCUUCAAGUCACUGCACUUUAACGUCCUGGUUCAACAAGAUCUCAAAGCUCAGGAAAUUGCCAGGGAGUUGCAGCUCCUGGCGAGGCGGGACCACAGCGCUCUGGACUGCUGCCUGGUGGUGAUCCUUUCCCACGGCUAUCAGACCAGCCAUAUUCAAUUUCCUGGGGCUAUUUAUGGCACGGAUGGAAAGCUCAUUCCAGUCGAAAAGAUUGUGAACUUCUUCAAUGGGUCCCAUUGCCCAAGCUUGAGAGGAAAACCCAAACUCUUCUUUAUUCAAGCCUGUGGCGGAGAGCAGAAAGACCGAGGAGUUGAGGUGGAUUCUGAUUCACCUGUAAACCAACCUCGUGGAGGUUCCGUAGAGUCGGAUGCAACUCCCUUUCAGAUCCAGCCCGGUAACUUGGAUGAGCCAGAUGCAGUAGCCAGCUUACCCACUCCUAGUGACAUCUUUGUGUCCUAUUCAACUUUUCCAGGUUUUGUCUCCUGGCGGGAUACCCAGACUGGCUCGUGGUACGUCGAAACACUGGACUGCGUACUUGAACAAUAUGCUCCUACUGAAGACCUGCUCUGCAUGCUAGUGAGGGUGGCUCAUGCUGUGUCUGCUAAAGGAAAGUACAAGCAGAUGCCGGGCACUUUUAACUUCCUCCGUAAACAAUUCUUCUUCAUGAGCGACUAAAGUUGUGGCUGGGAGGUCUCCACCAUGCACCUGGAUAGUCUCCAUGAGGCCUGAAGAGAUUCUGCGCCUGGCUGUUACUGCUCUGAACCAAUGCUCCUGUCUGCCUUCACCUUUUCAUGGAUUCAUUUUUCCUUGGAAGCUUAAUGUGUUCAUGCGCUCGUUACUGUGAAACAGACGUCACACCUCCUGCCUGAUCAGACCAGGACUGGUCGCUUCCUAAUCUCAAACAUUUAAGACUGACAACAAGGACUGAAGGGAAGAGUCCUGCCCUUCAUUAGGAGGUUGCAACCUUGGACUCUGUAUCUCUGCUAUCCAGAGGGCCGUGCCGGUGGCCGUUUUACGGUUACAAUUACGGUGCCCUCUACCAAGAGGCGUGGGUGAAGUGUUGGCAUUUUGUAAUUACCUUUGUAUUUACGCUCUUUGAAUCAAAAAUGCCCCUGAACCAAAAGCCAGUGUUUGGGGAUGGGGAAUCGUUUUACAGCAUCUGUUGCCCUUUUGUACUAAAGACCCCACUCUUUCUA